AAAUGAAUUAAAGUUUUAAUGCAAUAAUAAUAAUAAAAAAAGUGAACCAAUAAUUGUCGGACAAAAGUCAUUGUCCACUAAUUAUUUGUUGUGUUUAUCGGAUAUAGUGGUCACCGCCGCUACAAACCCAUAACAAACCCAUUGGUGAGAUAUUUCCAGUGGUUUGACAACAUGUGGGCCGAAGCGAGAAAACACGAGAAGAAGUUGAGAGGAAUGAUGGUUGACUACAGGCGUCGGGCCGAACGUCGCCGCGAUUUCUAUGACCGAAUCCGAUCGGAUCCGUCGGCUUUUCUACAGGUCCACGGCUAUCAACUAAAGAUACACAUCGACGCCAAUUUGAGUGCUUCGGCCGAGUCGUCUCUGAUGCCGUGGAUGGGAGACACUACUAAUAUGAUCGACAGGUUUGACGUGAGGGCACAUCUCAAUCAAGUAGAUCUCGAAACAGUUCAGAUGCAGACCAACUCUUCGUCGUCGGAUAAUAAUAACAGCAACAAUAAUGCUAACGACUCGGACAUUGAGAGGCAAAUCAAUUACGAAAGAUACAGGAAUUUAGUGCAAAACGACUUCUUAGGUAUCGCUGAAGCCAAAUGUUUGCAUCAGAUCUACUUAGAGGAAAGGUUUGGUGUGAAUCAACAAAAUCAACAGAAAGAGUUGAAUAAAAUGAAUGCUAAAAAGCAGCCGAAGGCGGCCAUUGGUUAUGAUUAUAAUGAAGACUCUAAUUCUGUAAAAGUUCCGCUAAAGACCGAGUCAGAGGAAGAGUCUGAGGAAGAAUCGUCUGAUGAAGACUUGGACUUUGACACGAGUGUCAACAUUGAACAGUUAGACAAUGAGGGCGGACAUCGUAUAAAUGGUAUUGCACUUAAGUUUGGUAUGAAAAACGACGAUUUUGUCAAAUACUUGGAUGAGGACAGAGUCGAGGCCGAGAAGAUUCGGUUGCAGAAGGAAGUGGAGAAUGAAAAGUCAAUGUUUACGGGACGCAAAUCACGGCGCGAGCGACGGGCUCUUAAAGAGCAGCGACUGAUGAUAUUGAGAAGCACUCAAUUGGAACAAUCGGAUCGAUCGAUGGCCACUGAUAGACAUCAUUCCGAACAGAGUUCGUCUGAAUCGGAAGAUUCGGUCGACGAAAACAAAAUAGAAUUUAUCACCGAAUUUACGUUUGGCGGCGACUCUACCGAUGAUGAACCAGCCAGUCGUGUGUCCGAUAAAAACGCCGAAGAGAUUAAGUCAAAGACCAAAAAGUUGAGAACCCAUUUGAAGAACAAAACAGAAUCGGUUCCAUCGCUUCCUUUUUAUGGACCAACACUUCCGGGAGAAGAUACCGUCUCAUCGGUGACAACAAACACAAAGAAUACUUCGUUCAAUAAGAUAACACAUUCUUCGAAACAAAGAACAUAUCGUUUAACUCGUCGAUCGCGUUCGCGAAGUGGUUCUGUUGAUCGUAACAGAAGAUAUUCUUAUGGAAACAGAUAUAGAAGUCGAAGUAGAUCUCGAGGCAGAUAUAGGGGUAGAUCAAGAAGUAGAUCGAGAAAUAGACUAAGAAAUAGAUCGAGAAGUAGAUCAAGAUGUAGAACAUAUCGAUCGAGUCGACGAUCAAGAAGUCGUGAUAGAAGAAGAAGAAGUAGAUCUCAUUCGCGUGACGACAGAAGAAAACGAAGUCCAAGACGUCGUUCAAAGUCACGCGAAAGACAGAGAGAGCGAUCCAGAGAUAGGGAUAGAGAUCGAUAUAGACGUGAGAGAAGGAGUUUAAGUAAAGAGAUAAAAAAAGAACCGAUUCUUGUCAUCAAAGAAAUCAAAACGAAAAAAGAAAUCAAAAGUGAUUUAACUUUAAUUGAUUUACCAAAAGAAGAAAAAGUAGUAAAAAUAGUGGAAAAUGAGUCCAAUUCUAAAACUAUUUCUGAUGUAUCGGUAAACGUAUCAGCAAUUGAUGUGAAAGAAUUACCAACAAUUGAUAAGAAAAUUAAUGAAGAAGUAAAAGAAGAAGAAGAAGAAGAAGAAGAAGAAGAAGAAGAAGAAAAGGACAAAGAAAAAGCUGAAACACUAUUAAAGCCACCGACGCCUCCCAUCAAGAGUUACUACAGACAUGAUCUCAUCGAUAAGGAUCAAAGUGGUGGUGAUAGUGAUGACCAAUUGGAGACUAAAGAACAAUACGAUACAACAGAAAAGGAGACAUAUGUUGAAGGAAGUAAAAAGAGUUGGACUAAUGCUAGUAAUAUCCAUAACACCGGACAUAAAUCUUCGUCAUCAUCAACACCAACAACAACAUCAUCGACUACAACAUCAUCGACAACAACAACUACGACAACUGUGACACCUCAAGAAAGACUUAAGAGGAAAAUGCAGGCACUUCUUGAUAAACAAUAUAAAAAUGAUAAAAAAGCAGAAAAAGAGAAGAAUCGCAUCAAAAUGCAGGAAAGGGAGGAACGGGAUGACAGAUACAGACAACUAAGAUAUAGGAGACAUAGUCGCGAUCGGAGAGGUUCGCGAUCCAGGUCUCGGUCCAGAUCCAGAUCCAGACAAAAGUCUACAUCCAGUUCUUCKUAUUAA